GAGGAGGAGGCGGUGCCGCCGCAGAAGCAGGAGCAGCCACCGCCGCCACCGCGCCCCUGGCCCCGGGGCAGCUCGGCUCGGCUCAGCCCUGCCCCGCGCCGCUGCCGCCCAGGUGCGCGGAGCCGGGCGCAGGUGCUUAAAUAGCGGCGCCGGCCGAACCACGGCAGCUGUCGGCGGGCCGGCCAGAACGGAACCAAAAAUCCUCUAUGUACUUGCUCUUGUGGUUAUGUAGGACAGGAAGGUGACUUAGGGAGAGAAACUGCGAAGUCUCUAGUGGCUGUGGAAAAAGAAACAAGAUGUACAUGCUUUGACAGAUCGACUGUAGUUUUCUGCCACUGAAUGCCAACAGGGAAAAAAAAUCAUCUGCUUGAGGAGAUUCUGUUGUAAUGUAUCCAGUGGCUGUUCCUGCACCAGGAAGUGAAGCAAAUAAUGGACAACAUGAGAAACUUACUUUUUUCUUUUUUGUUUUUGGAGCAUUUUUUCUCUGUGCUGGAUUUUUGCUUUCAGUCUUUAUCCUACAGUCAUGCCCAUAUGAAACUUUCAGUGACUGUAAUGGGGUUCUUAAGGCUUCUGGGCCUGUGCUAGCUGUAACUGGCUUGGUUUUUGUUUUAUUGGCAAGAUCAAGGGCCAGGCUGUAUACGAGACAAAGGCAAUUGCAAAAUGAGCAAGUAUACAGCCUUGUUUUCUGUCGAGGGAGCUGUCAGUUUGCCCAGUUUCUCAUCUUUGGAUUCCUGUUUUUGACGAGUGGAAUGCUAAUUAGUAUCCUGGGCAUUUGGGUUCCUGGCUGCAGCCCUGGUUGGCACACCAUACAGCUCAACCAGACUCGCAGUUCUGAUGUGAACCUCCAGGGCUGUGGAUUCCUGUCGCUUCAAAUCUUGGGGCCUUUGAUUGUGUUUACUGGGCUGUGUUUCUUCCUGAUAGCUCAUGUUAAAAAACAAAACUUCAGUCUCAGCACAGAAUCUUUUGAAAAUGAAGAAUGUCCUCAGAGCCCUGAAUCUUUUCAAGUUACAGUAGGUGAUACAGUAAUGGUAUUCCCACCUCCACCACCACCUUAUUUUUCUGACCCUACUGUGACCCAUUGUCUUAUGUCAAGUGGCUUGCCUGCACAUGAAAAUCCUCCACCAUACCAAUCUAUCUUCAGCGAUAGAGCACGGCUUGCAGAUGACGAUAGAACAGUUGCUGCUAUAGACUGUGAAGCUAUAUGUACAACUUCUGGAUGCAGUUCAUCUUCAGACAUCUUACCAAUGCUGUCUCUCUGCUCUGAAUCACCUGUAGAAUAUGAAGAAAACAUAUCAGUAACAAGCAAUGAAUAUUCUCUAUCAUCUUCAUCUGUUUCCUUAGUCACAUUGGACACCAGCUCAUAGAGGACUGUCAGCUAGAUUUCAUUUUUAAAUGAAAUUGUAUACUCAGAUUUAUGACUGACUAUUUACAUUUUCUAAUAAAAGCAGUAAUAUUGGCUCUGUCUGAUUUCUUCAUUCACAAGAACAAGUGAUGAGGUUUUGUUUCAAGAAGUACAAGAUAAUACUGGGCUUCUGAGUGAAUAUUAUGAAGUGAUUUAGUUUACUGCAAGAAUGAUAAAUGUUCAUCUUCUGUUACAGCUUCAGUUUCAAUAUGUAGUUGUUCUUCCUAUAAUGGAGGCAGUAAGUAGAGACAAACUUACUUUACUUCUUUUAAUUAAAUCUGUUUGGAGCUUCAAGGAAGAAAUCAUUAAGAAGUGAUUUUAUUUCUAUUUUUGUAUAACUUUUGUGGAGAAUACUUCCUUGCAGUCACUGACUGUUUUCUGAGAGCAUCACCCAGAGGAGCCUUUAAGAUGGGGAGCUAAUAUGUUAUAGGAAACUCAAGUGAUUACUUUCUCAUCUGCCUAGUAACAAACCCUACACAGUUUAAUUUAGACCCUCUCUGGUCCUUAUGUAAGUAUAAUCCCCCUGAAAAACAGUUUUAGCCAGCAGUUAAGAGCCCUAA